CUCCAUCGCACUUCUCUUCCCACAGAAGCCAAGAGAGAGAAAGCAGUAGACAUUCUCCAGAGAGAGAGAGAGAGAGAGAGAUGAACUCAUGUUAUAAACCCACCUCUGUCGUUCUCUCUGCAACAUAAGCAUGAAUAGGAGGUGUUAGAGAGAGAGACUGUAACGCCAUGGUUUCCUUCCCCAUGCAAAGCUCUGGAGAUCAUGAAAAGAGAGAAUUGGAGAAGAACACAGCAUCAAUCAACAACAACAAGAGGAGAUGGGAUGAUUUAGAACUACAGUUGGAGCACAAGGCUACCCCCAUAGAUGUAGAGCUCCACUUAGAGAGGCCACUCCCUCGAGAAUGGCAACAGUGCCUCGACCUUCAGUCAGGGGAGAUACACUUCUACAACAUAAGGACUCAAAAGAGAACAUGGAAGGACCCAAGAGAGGCACCCCAUCCCUCUAUGCGUCUCGACCUGGAGCUCAACCUCACAUUGCCUGAAAAUGAUGGCGACCACCUGAAAAGGCCAAAAACCGAUGAUCCUAAGCAUUUUCCGGCCACCGAAAUGGUCGCCACUCCAUGUUUCAGAUGCCACAUGCUAGUGGUGCUCUGCAAGUCCUCACCCACUUGCCCUAAUUGCAAAUUCUUGCACCCUUUGGAACAGAAAAAGGAACCCAAUUUGCCAUUUCGCCAAACCAUGAGUCUACUUUGUUGCGAGGACUAAGGCACUAGCACAAGGGCCAUCUUUCCUUGAAAAUAACUAAAAUGCCCCUAGAACAACAGAAAGAAAAUAUAAAUCGUACAUAAGUGAUUUACCUUAGGUUGGAAGUGAUGCAAGAGUGUCUUUACAAAGAUCUAUAAGGGUAGUUUGGUUUUGUUGUGUCAAUAUAAAUGACCUGAGGUGGACUCUAUGGUUUUUGAGAAGGCUUAACUGGUCAUAUCUGAAAUAUGUUAGGGUAGUCAUACAAAAGGCUUGUAAGUAUGGUGCAUGGUGGUGCAGUGGAGGAGGGCUUAUGUUAAUAUUGGUUUUGGUAUAUCAUUGUAAAUGGCCUGGCCUAAAAAAAAAAUAGCAAAUAUGAAAAGAAAGAAACCUGUUCAAGUACUUU